AUGGAUACCUCACGAGAUUCUUCAAACCUCCUCGACACACACAACCGUCUAAUAGCAGACGUUUUAUCUCGCUUUCGCAUGCUGACCAUGCUUGCGACGAUCCAAGCGGAAGGCGAGCGCAAGAACGCCGAGCCGCAGACCGUCGCAGUGACGGGCAUGUCGAUGCAGAUGGAAUUCGAGGGACUACACACUUCGAUCAAGGACCUCCUCGCUCUCAGCCGUCGCCUCAAGGAGCUUUGGCUCUUCGGCAAGCUAGGCCAGGGUGAGGGCGACGCGCGCAUCCAGGCCGACAAGCUCCAGGCUGACGUCGUGCGCUGCGCAGAGCUCCUCAACGCCAUCCAGGAGACGCGGUAUGGUGGCCUUGCGUCUGCUGUGGGCGGCAAAUGGGCGCCGAUCGGAAGACAGGAUGCUGCUGCUGCUGCUGCUGCUGCUGCCGCCGCCGCCACUGCUCUUCCGGCGGGUGAAGGAGGAUCCGCAAAUGCUCAGCCGGCGGCGACUGCAAACGGUGCCGGCAGCACAUGA